AUUUUAUUGUUAAAGAAACAUGAAGAGAGCAAAGAGCAGCUACCUCAAUAGAAUCAACCUUAACACUAAUCAUUAUUUUCCAACAAACAAGCCUUGAUCAAUGAAUGAAAUCCAAACUUUAUUAGAUGUUAAAUCGAUGAACAAGUACUCCCAACAAUUGAAAGAAAACAGGUAUUCAAAGAGCAAGGCCCGACUCUCACAGAUAAACCUUGCUCUUAAGAGGAAGCAAGGAGAUAAAUUCUUUGAACGGCGCUGAAGAAGUUCCGCAAAAAUGUGGAUACCCACAAAGAACUUUACAAAGAUGAAACGGCUAAGUCUCCAAGGGUCAUCAUUUCCUGCUAAGAAGGAGAUAGUCAUCAGUAAGGUGGCUGGGAGGCAGGCCUCUCAGUCAAGGAUGUCUAUCUCAAAGAAGGAUGGAAAAUCCAUUGCUGCCAAGACGCAUCUGGCAUCACCCAAGAGGAUUGGGAUCAUGGAUUAUAAAACCCAAUUUUUCCGUACAAACAUUAAUAUGAGACUGAUGAAUAACAAGGAGUGCCUCACUAGAUGUAAGAAAAUUGACCCAAAGAUGGGAAGCAGCAAGGUGUUUAAUAUCAUCUACUGCAGCCUGCAAGACAUCUGGAAGGACAAGAAGGAGUAUUGAAAUAAUCUCCGAAACAUCAGGAAGGAUGAGAUUCAGAGACACUCUAGCAAGAAGAUCUUAUAAUUUCAUUACUAUAUAUUCAGAUAUCA